UUGACACUCAGGUUAUUAAUGGAAGUUACGCGUAGUGUAAGCGUUCUGUCUGACUUUGAAAUCGGGAAACAACUUGGUCGUGGGAAGUUCGGGACUGUUUUCCUUGCAAGAACAAAGAAGUCGCAUUUUCCAUGUGCAAUAAAAGUUAUUUUCAAAAAACAGAUUGUGAAGAACAAAUUAGAACACCAGAUAAGACGCGAAAUAGAGAUCAUGUGUCAUCUCCAGCACCCACACAUUCUUCAACUGUACACAUAUUUUCAUGACCACAAGAGAAUUUACCUGGUUCUUGAGUAUGCUUUUCUAGGUCAGAUGUAUACUGAGCUGCGAAGGCUCGGACGCUUUAGUGAGGCGCGUUCAGCCACAUACAUAUACCAGCUGUGUGAUGCCCUUAUGUACUGCCACCGCAUGAAAGUAAUCCAUCGGGAUAUCAAACCUGAAAACUUACUUCUUGGUUUUCAUCAAGAGUUGAAACUAUCGGACUUUGGUUGGGCUGUUCAUGCUCCAUCACUCAGGAGACGAACGCUUUGCGGAACAAUAGACUACUUAGCUCCAGAAAUGGUUGCUGGGGUUUCCCAUGAUGAACGUGUGGAUCACUGGACUGUUGGAAUUUUAUGCUAUGAAAUGCUUUGUGGUAAACCUCCGUUUGAACAUCCUAAUACACAAGACACUUAUGCCUGUAUCAAAACUGUUAAAUAUACCUUCCCUCCUGUUAUAACUCCGAUGGCACAAGACAUGAUAUCUAAGAUCCUUCAACGUUAUCCGACGGAUCGGUUGUCCCUAGAAGGAAUCAUCUCUCACCCAUGGAUUCAAAACUUCGCAAAUAAAACUUCUUUCCAUUCUGUUGUUAAGCCCAGACCUAGAUCCUGAUGUGUUUUCUAAUCGGUUAUUCUAUUUUUCUUAUUGUAUCUCAAAAUAUGACAAUUUAUUUUCCAACGUUCAUUGUUGUCCUCCUGAAGUAUGUUUACUUCUGUAUCUGGUUAGUAAUGCUCAUUGGGCGCUAUCUAUAAAUUCACUUAUCAUUCGAUUAUGAGUCACACAUUAUUUAGCAAAUGAUGAUAUUGCUACACUAAUUUAAUUCAAUUGAUUAUCUUCACUGGAUUAUUUAAAUAUAUAUAUGAGUGAAAGUCUUGCUCACCAUAACUCUGAAAUUCUGAUAAAAGUCACAAUUGUCUGCAAAAUACGAUGAUUUCGUCAUGAUCCAGAAGCCACAUCGUUUUGGUUCGCAAGUCCAUCUACUGACUUACUUUUACUGUAAAAAACGUAACUCUUAACCUCAAUAAUACUUACUAUGUCUCAUCACAUUCAGUUAAUGGUUUAAAUAUAUUUAUGA